GACCUAGUUAUUCGGCACUACGGUGUUUACCACUGGUUACGCACGAAAGUAAACUGCAAGACUUUGUGUGUUACAAAUCGAAAGCAUGGUCAUGGCUGAUAGAUACGUCGAAGAUAUUCGAAAUGGAAGAAGAUUUCGUGGUCCGAGUCCUGCUAAUGGAUUUUCGGAAGAUAGUAGCGACGAGGAAGAACGAGGAGGCGGUGGAAUGCGCGUUGGAAAUGACUUUCAAGUGAAAGUUCCAGCCUUUGACCCAGAUGCAAAACCAGAGAACAAAGCUGAUGCAAUUUUGGUUUGGGCCCCAUGUCCAGAUUUGAAAGAUGCUAAAAUUGAUGAAUAUUUACAGAUUGCAAAGGAAAAACAUGGUUACAAUAUGGAACAGGCACUGGGAAUGUUAUUUUGGCACAAACACAAUGUUGAAAAAGCUCUGGCUGACCUUCCAAACUUCACACCAUUCCCAGAUGAGUGGACAGUAGAAGAUAAAGUUCUGUUUGAACAAGCAUUCAGUUUCCAUGGCAAAAGUUUUCACAGAAUCAGGCAAAUGUUGCCUGAUAAAUCUAUAGCUUCUCUGGUCAAGUAUUACUAUUCUUGGAAGAAAACACGAUCUAGAACAAGUCUGAUGGACAGACAGGCCAAGAAGUUCACAAUGAAAGGAGAUGGUGAUAAAUUAGAUGAAGAUUCAGAGAAUGGCAGCAAGAAUAAUUCAGAUACAGAGGAAAAUAAAGAAGAAGCUAAAGAUGACAACAGUUGUUCAAACUGUGGUGUAAUGUCCUCACAACUAAACCCUACCCCUAAGGGAUCUAUGUGCUCAUCUUGUUACCAGUAUUGGAGAAGAACAGGAGUUAUGAGAAGUGUUGGACCAAAGAGACAUGAGCAUGGCCAGCAUCGUCACAAUCCAAUGCGUCACAAAAGGAAGCCACCAAGGGGCAUGUACCUGAGUAAUGAUGAUCUCAAGUCCAUGGUGUCUGGACCACCAGGCCAGGCAGAAGCAAUACUUAAAUCAUUGGAUACAGAGUUAGUUUCAGCUAAAAGACAGGUACAAAACAACAAACAGAUGUUAGGACUACUGAAACAUAAACUGGCAGGGGGCUCAGACAUGUUUAAAAUGAAUGAUUCUGGAAACAAGAUCAACUCAAAAUGGACAAAUGAGGAACUUCUUUUGGCUGUACAAGGUGUGCGGAAAUAUGGAAAAGAUUUCAGUGCAAUUGCUGAAGUAAUUGGUACAAAAACAGAGGCACAUGUACGAAGUUUCUUUGUAAAUUUCCGUCGUAGAUACAACCUUGAUGAAGUACUAGCCGAGUAUGAAACUGAACAUGGACUUGAGUCUUCUAAAGGGAAAAAUGACAAUGAUGUUGAAGUGAUGGAGAUAGACCCAAAGGAUGUAGAGCCAAUAAAGACAGCAUCUCCAACCCCUGCAAGUGUCCCACCACCAUUACUUAAACAACCUCAAGCAGAAUCUCCACAGAAAACACAACAGAGACUUUUACCUCAGCAGAACCAGCGAACAAUUUUACAGCAGCCGCCACCUCUGAUCAAGCCCAACACGAACAAAACAACACCUGCCUCUUGAUUUCCCACAUCUCAUCAAACCUACCAGUAACCAUGCCAACCAAACAUGUCACCAUGACAUUGUGCUGCUGAUCUGUGUUUAUAUGUCCUGUAUUUGUACUUUUCUUAAAGUUGUUUUUCAAUUUGAACAGGGAUUGUGACUUGAAUAAGGAAUAUAGGAUAGAAACGUAAGGCAUAUGCUUAAAAAAACCUGGCUCCUGGAUUAUAAAAAAGUUUGAUGACCAGUUUUCGAAUGUUACCUUGCCAUUGUUCCAUUUCAGGAUGUUGCACAGUAAAAAACAAAUCAGAUGUUAGUAGUUCAAAGCAUUGUUUUAUAUCCAGAAACCCACCAGGCUAGUAGAGGUGACUGGAGCUUUUUCCUUUCUUACUUCCUUUCUUACUUCAGUUUAUUUCUUUUUAAUGCUCUUUUUUGUUUGGUUGUCUAAAAGUGCAAGAUGACAAUAAUUAUUCUUGUUCAUAGUUAUGAACUGUUUUCUUUGGGUGGAGGGGAGGCAUGUUUUUGGCCUGGUUGUCCAUCCACAUUACCACAUUGGAAGAAUUUUCAUUAUUUUCCACAAAUAAGAAUAUGCCAAACAUAAAUUUCAGUCAUGUCAGAUCAGCGUUAAGGUUCAACAUUGAAGGGAAUAUUUGGUCCAUUCUGUCUUUUAAAUCUUUAUUCUCUAGAAGCAUUUUCAAACAACUUGACACAACUGUAAAUCACUAACAGUAAUAUGCAAGAAAAAAAACUGGGUCAUGUUGGGUCAAGAUUGAAUGAUGAGAUCAAAGGUCAAAUAGGGAUUAUUUUGAAUCCACUUUGUUUAGUGGAAUUUUAAUUCAGCAUUUUUAUUUGUCUGUCUUGGGAACAAGUGUCAAUGUGCUCAACCAAACCACUUUCUUACUUUGUCUGUGGUUAAAACAUGAGUUUAAAGGGGUUUCCUAAUCUGGUUUAUGUAAGUUGGUUAAGCAAAACCAUGAAACUUUGGCAUAUACAAUAUCAAAAAAUAUGCAUUUUAAUAAAAUGAGAAAUUAUUUUCUUGUCCACUGUUUUACCUGUAUUUCCCAUUUUGGGCUGAUAUGCAUGUUUUUUUUUAUUGUUUUUUUUUUCAAAAUCAACCUUGUUGAGGUGACUCUACUUAGACUUCAUUUUAAUAUGUUAACAUUGUUUCCCUCUCCUGUAUUAAGUUUUGUACCAGGCUUAGGUUUGUGGACAAAUGCAAUCAUUGAACAUUUUCUAAUUUUGAAUUACUUUUCUGUCAUAAGUUUUCACUUGUGGCUUUUGUUAAAAUUUGUGACCGUAUUUGUUGAUGUUUUAAGAAUUGUUUGUUUCAUCUUCUAUAAUAAUUUAUUUUCAUAAUUUGUUAAUAUCAUUUUAUCAUUAUUACAUAACAUCAAAGAGAUUGUGUAACAUAGUGAGAAAGUCUCUUCAUUAAGGAAUUUUGAAAGCUCCAUUUACAUCAGAGUCUGGUCUUCUUACUAAAGGGACUGGCUGGUUAGCUGAUUGCCAACCUGCCUGAUGCCUGCCAACAAAAAAGUAGGAAUCUGGAAGUAAUGCUGUUCAACGUCAGAUUUUCUGUAUGUAUCUCAUAAAUAUAACGUGGCCGACUGGUUUCAGUUGGGGGUAACACUAUAAUAAACAGACUUGGGAAUGAACAUUGUCUUCAACUGAAGGCGAAAAAAAGAAGUAUUUUUAAAAUGGCUGAAUAUUGUACAAGUACCGAUUAAUAGUUGUAGCAGUUGCCCACAGGUCAUGUGUCGCAAUCUUGCUUUAUAUUGUAGUUUAUUUACGACUUUACAGUGACAGCAAGUAGAAAUUGUGUGAAGCAUUUUCUCAGAGAAAAAUGAUAUUUUUCUGAUCAUUGAUACAUGCUAAAACACCAUAAUGUAUGGGUUUCAGGAUGCUUUAUUUUGAUACAUGUUUUGUUCGACAGUAGGAAAAUUACUCCGCACAGGUAUUUAUGCCUUCAUUGUAGAGAAUAAAGUGCUUUUUUGCAGUGCCAUACAGUGAUGGAAUACCAUUACUAUUGCUUUUUGAAGAAAAAAUACCAUAUUAAGUUUUAUUCGAAAUAUAAAGCAGUUUUUAAGACGAUUUGUAUUUAAUUGAACAUUCCAGUACAGGAUGUAAUCGCUUAAUUGUCUCUGUUCUGCUAAUUAAACAUUUUUCUUUUUCCUUUUGUUCAAGCUGUUGGGUAUUUUAUGUUAUUGUUUGAAAAAUUUAUAUGUACAUAUUCUUAUUUAUAAUUGGGUUUAUUAGGUGAAUUUUAUCUUGAAAAUAUGCCGAGUUGUGAGUGACAACUGCAGUUAGGAUUUUAAGGGUUAUAACAUCAUAGGAGCUCAAAUAAUUUCCUUGUCAAUGUUUACUUUUGGAAUGUCUUUCGAAGAACACAAUGGCUUGUUUUAAGAUUGUUUAAAAUCAUUUAAAAUGUUGCACUGUUCACUGGACUUUUCUGUCAUUUCUGUGGCAUUAGUUCAUUGUUUCAUAGUCGUUUGAAUGUGUUUUGGGUCAAGAUUAUUUAUGUCUUAAGAAUUGUCUCGAUGUAAUAAAUUAUGUAUAUUUUGUAAUUUUGUAUAGUGUAGAACUAAGAGAAGAGUUGUCCUUGUAUGUAUAUAUGUACAAUAAUAAAUGUGCAAUCUGUG